CAAGACACUUUGGAUCCAGUUUCCAGGAGGAUGUCUGUGUCGGGCAAGAAGGAAUUUGACGUGAAGCAGAUCCUCAGGCUCCGUUGGCGCUGGUUCAGCCAUUCAUCCCAGGGUUCUGCCGGCAGUGGGGGCGGCGGUGUCGGCGGGGUGGGAGGCUACAUCCAGCAGGAUGGCUUGGACCACAGAGGGACGCCCGUCCAGGGGCGCCUGAAGAGUCACUCCCGGGACAGGGGCAUAGGAGGAGGAGGGCUCCGGAAAAGCAACAGCCCAGUCCACAGCAUCCUGGCACCCACGCCAGGGCCCACACCUGUCUAUGUCAGAGCGGGUCAUCAAUCAUGGCACCAGCAGCAAAACACCAUCCAGGGUCUCCAGGUGAGCGAGGAGCCUCCGAAGAGCAGCUCUUCACCCAGCGCCACCAGGAAAGAGGACGCCAACAGUGGCCAAGAGAAUGUGAAGGGCUGCACCGAGGACCCUGCAGAGGUGGAAGCCAGAGAAAGGUUGGCUCUGAGUUCCUACUCCAGAAUGAACACCAACUGCUCUGAUGAGUUCUUCCAGGCCACAAAUCAUGCAGAACAGACUUUCCGUAAGAUGGAGACCUACCUCCAGCACAAGCAGCUGUGCGAUGUCCUCUUGAUAGCAGGGGAUCAUAAGAUACCGGCUCACAGACUGGUCCUGAGUGCCGUGUCGGACUACUUUGCUGCUAUGUUCACCAAUGAUGUGAGGGAGGCGAAACAGGAGGAGAUCAAGAUGGAGGGAGUGGAUCCUGAGGCCCUCAGAUCCCUGGUUCAUUUUGCCUACACUGGUGUCCUUGAGCUCAAAGAGGAGACCAUUGAGAGUUUACUGGCAGCAGCUUGCCUACUCCAGCUUUCACAAGUCAUCCAGGUUUGCUGUAACUUCCUGAUGAAACAGCUCCAUCCGUCCAAUUGCCUGGGAAUACGCUCCUUUGCAGAUGCCCAGGGCUGCAUGGACCUGCUCAACGUGGCUCAUAAUUACACUAUGGAACACUUCCUGGAGGUCAUUCAGAACCAGGAGUUCCUGCUCCUCCCCACGGCUGAGAUCGUGAAGCUGCUCUCUAGCGAUGACAUCAACGUGCCAGAUGAGGAAACUAUCUUCCAGGCUUUGAUGAUGUGGGUGAGGUACGAUGUUCAACAUCGGCAGCAGGACCUGGGGCUGCUGCUCUCCUACAUCCGCCUGCCUCUUCUGCCUCCACAGCUCCUUGCUGAUCUGGAAAACAACAAGAUGUUCUCGGACGAUCUGGAGUGCCAAAAGCUACUGAUGGAGGCCAUGAAGUACCAUCUUCUACCCGAGCGACGUCCCAUGUUUCAGAGCCCAAGAACCAAACCUAGAAAGUCCACUGUUGGUGCCCUUUAUGCUGUAGGGGGGAUGGAUGCCACCAAAGGCUCUACCACCAUAGAGAAGUAUGAUCUACGGACUAACACUUGGAUCCAGGUUGGAGUCAUGAACGGUCGCCGGCUCCAGUUUGGCGUGGCGGUGAUCGACAACAAGCUGUACGUUGUUGGUGGAAGGGAUGGACUGAAGACGUCCAAUAUGGUGGAGUGCUACAAUCCAGUCAACAAAGUGUGGUCCACAAUGCCCCCUAUGUCAACACACAGGCAUGGACUUGGCAUUGCUGUGCUCGAGGGUCCCAUGUAUGCCGUAGGAGGCCAUGAUGGCUGGAGCUAUCUCAACACAGUUGAACGCUGGGACCCGCAGGCCAGACAGUGGAACUAUGUGGCCAGCAUGUCGACACCACGCAGCACCGUGGGAGUCACCGCACUCAAUGGGAAACUGUUUGCAGUGGGUGGUCGAGAUGGCAGCUCUUGCCUGAGGUCGAUGGAAUGCUUCGAUCCGCACACCAACAAGUGGAGCAUGUGCGCUCCCAUGGCCAAGAGACGAGGUGGGGUGGGUGUGGCGACAUACAACAGCUUCCUGUAUGCCGUGGGCGGACACGAUGCUCCUGCCUCCAACCACUGUUCCAGACUCUCCGAUUGUGUCGAGAGGUAUGACCCAAAGACAGACACAUGGACGACUGUGUCCUCCCUCAGUGUGCCCCGAGAUGCGGUGGGGGUUUGCCUGCUGGGUGACAGGCUGUACGCUGUGGGUGGAUAUGACGGCCAGUCCUACCUGAACACUGUUGAGUCCUACGAUGCACAGAACAACGAGUGGACUGAGGAGGUCCCUCUUAACAUUGGCAGGGCAGGCGCCUGCGUGGUGGUGGUGAAACUGCCUUGAGCGCUUUGUCUCACGACGGCCCGGGAAACAAACGGGAGAGCGGCAAAGAGGAGUGGACGAACAAAACAACAGACGAAGGACACAUCCUUUGAGAAUCAUGUUUUCUCCCUGGGCUUUCCAGACUUCCAGAUGAAAACACAGACAGAGCCUUGCCCAUGAACCAUUGUUUCUAUCAUUAGUGCACUUGUCUGCCCACUUGGGACGACUUGCUCACAAGGCUGGAAUGCACUGUACAUUCUCCGCAUUCUCAACCGAUCAAGAAUUUUCAGAAAUUUGGCUAAGCUGUAGCAAAUUAGUGCCAAGCUUUUGUUUGUACUGAUUUGUUAUACUGGUUUUAUGAAAUGCUCUGUGUUUGUCUGUAAUAUAUAAAAAGAUGAAGAUACAUUUUCAGUAAGUACACCUUCUUGAGGGUUAGUUUACAUUUAUACAGUAGCAUUUCCUAUUGGUGCCAUCACAUAUAUUUUGGGUUAACACUCAUACAUGUAUCUCUCUUUUAAGCCACUCAGAUGAAAAUAGUCUUGUAAUACAUAGAUGUAAACUAUGUAACAAUGCAUUUCCUCGGCAGGUGGUCGAAGCAGAUGUUUCUUACUCUUGAGUAAAAUGUUUUUUUGAAGGACCACUGUGAAUACUGGGCUGGCGGGGAUGUUUGCAGGACAGGGAUGGGAGGGAAUCACUUAUGUACAAAUUUCUGCUGAAAAAAAAAAAAGUGUUUAGACAGGAACUCUCUACUGAUUUUUUUUCUUUUUUUGAUGUUCCUUUUCUAUUGAGCCUGUAGCUACAGAACACCAAAGUCAUUUGCUUGUCUUAGAAGUCUUGUUACACAUUAAAUAAAGGUUUACAAAAUUGUGAAUAAUACAAAAUAUAUCAUAUUGAUAUUUCACGUUACUGUACAGACACGGCAUUUGUGUUGACAGGAUCAUGCCUAAACCAGCACAGCCUGGUAACCCUACACUUACUUUUUCUUUUUCUUUUUUUCUUUUUUUUUUGGAGGGCAUGCCAGCUGAGUGAAUGUUUCAUUUGAUAUGUACAGUGUUAUAGCCUUUUGUUAAUGCAGACACUCGCUGUCUGUUCAGUAUUUUAAAUGUUAUAUUGAUGAUCUUGGCAUAUCAGUUUGGCAGACAACAAUCACUCGGAUGACCCAGAAAAUCUGCAAAACCUGCCCUAACAGCUUCUGCCACCUCCAAGUACACAAUCCAAGGAUUUCAAGCAAGAUUUGACAAUUUGGUACCACUUCACCAUAAGACUACCCUUAUAAAGGGAUAUUAAUCAUUAAUAAUCAAUUAUCAAUCAUUAAUAUAUAGGUGAAGGCUCACUAUCUGGCAAGUUACUAUUCUGUUAAACUUCAGAUUUUGUCAACUGCUUAGGUUACUUUACUUGACAUUGCCAAAUAGUGAGCCUUGCAUCAAUGUAUGAAAACUGUGCUAUAACUUCUUUACGAUUGUUUAUUAAUGAUUUAUAGUGUUUACAACCUAAUUAGUAACCUAAUAUGAAACCAUUCAUAAGCCCUUUAUGAGAUGAGUCUUAUUUUAAAGUGGUAUCUACAAUUUUAAAUCCAGCAUCAAAAGAACUUCCUGAGUCUAGAUUUCUGUAUUAUAUCACUAAAAUUACUUAAUUUUUCUGAGAUUUGUUGAUGGUUGUUAUGGUCAUAAAAGCUGAAUAUUACCAAAUCGUCCAGGAAGGGAACAAUUUUUAAUUGUAAUUCUACCAUGUUUUUGGAGGCAAAAUGUUGCUUUUUAUGUUUUUAUCAUGAUUUUGU